CCGCUUACACCGAUAUGCAAUGGAGAACCAAUCGAAUUUGUUGGGCUGUUUGGCGGCUUUUAUUUGGAGCUUCGUUUUGUUAGUGACAAGUCUGUUAAAUUUUUUCACCUUCUUAAAUCGGAUUAAGAUUUUAUAAAAUUCCAUUUUUAUUACUGAGUGUGUCCUUUUACUUAACGUUUAUUUCUUGGCACUUGUUAAACAAAUUCUUCGUUUAAAAUUGUGCACGAUCAUCGAGUGUCAACAGGAUUAUUUUUUGUGACUAAAUUGUGCUGAAGAAAGAUAGAAAAAUAACGAGAACAUGGUGAAAAUUUUGAGCUCCGGUUCCAGUGAUAUUCUUUCCCCUGAACAAUAUAACGAUUGUUCGAAUUUUAUGCUGAAUCCAGAUGAUCCUCCACUUGAGGAAUUAGACCCAGCCAUCCUCAGCUGUGGCUUACCGGCGAUCAUACUGUCGGAAAUAAAACCGGUUCAAGAAGCUCCCGUUCGAUACACCGCAAGUCAACUUUUGGCCUUUAGAAAUUCGAAACUGUGCUUUCAACGUCCGGCAGCCUUAGAUGAUCCUAAGAUCGGCAAUUACCGCAUCUGGCGAGAGUCGAAUCAAAUCGUUGGCUCUAAUGGAGUAGUCCGGAAUAACAAUAGUGCUGGUACUAGUACGUCUACAAAUAGAGAGGACACCAGAAUCGAGCGUGGUUACAACAGAAAUAAUGUAAACCUUUCGAACUCCAAUCGACAAGACCGGAAACAAUUCCAAGAUCGACCCAAAAAUUUCACCAGCCAUGAAAAUAAUUUCCUUGGACCAAGAUUCCGCCGUAAUUAUGAGUUCAGCAACCGACAGCAGCAUGUGAUCGUAAAGAGCUACCGCGGCGGUUCGGAUAACAACAACCACUUUCAGCAGGAUACGGCCAUCGAGGAGGAACCGGAAUGGGUAACAGCGGGACCAACUUCGCGUUUGGACACGAUCGAACUACGUGGCUUCGAUGAUGACGUGUCCCUGCCCGGGUUGUCGUCUUCGCAAUCGUCGAUGGAAAAGGCUGCCGGCAUUUUGGUCGACGGCAAGGCUGGAUAUCGGAACAACUCUUCCGAGAAGCACAUCUCGUUCUAUGACGAUUUGCAUCAUUACGAGCAUAUGCACAAUAAGCGAGGAAGUGCUGGCAGUAGUAGCGGAGGCAGCAAAUUUAAUGACUCCUCGAGUGGUCGGGACCACGAUGUCGAGAGCGUUGCGACCUCUAAUUCUAGUUCUCCGCCACCGGCCCGAAGCACCCCGACCAAGCCUUCCGAAUAUGGCGCUGGCAGCGGUGCAGAUAACACCGCAGAUGUUAACGUCAACAAUUUCGAGCAAUUUAUGAAGUUCGAUUCGUUCCUUGGUCCUGAAAAUGGUUCCAACAACACACACGUUGGUCAAACAGGAACACGUUUCGUCAAAUCGUUCCGACGUGCAUACAAUUCAGCGCCGAACCAAACUGUACAGGGCAACUAUAACCAGGGCUACGGAGAUCGUCGUCAGUCUUACUAUUCUGGCUACAACAACAAUCAUAACAACUACGAAUUUGGUGGUGGACAAAACUACCGAUAUCAGUAUGAUCGCAACCAGCAGCAGCCCCACCAACAACAACAGCAACGCUUCCAAAGCGGAGGAUCUUUUGGGCAUCAACCUUCCUCGGUCGAUUCGAAUGCUGCCUUCAAUCGUUUGGUCAAUAUGAUGGCUCAAAAUCGCGCAAACAACAACAUCCUCGCACAACAAGAAUACAUUAUGCAAUUGUUGAACAAGAACCAGCAGAGCGAAAUUUUGCGUCGCAUCCUCAUGCAGAACACAGUUCAAAACGUAACCGAUUCCAACACUAACUCGCAUCAGCAACAACAACCGAAGCAGCAGGAACAGCAGCAACAGGAGCAACCAACAUCUCAGGAACAAUCUCAACAACCACGUAUUCCCUCCAGACGCGAGCUGCAGUUCCAUACGGAUUCGAUCAUGCACAACGCUUUGUUGCGCAAGAGACUUCAAGAUCAGCGUAAAAUGCUGGUCGAACAAACGAACCAGAUAGCGGCCGUUGCUGCCGUUGCUGCGGCUGCAAAUAGCGUCGCUGCUGCCGAGGCGGCUAAUCCGAUUGUGCAACAGUUUGUGAAAUCUGUAAGCCCAAACAUGCAACGCAGCCUAUCGGUGUUAUGCCAAACGGCCAACCAGAUCAACAACAACCCGUUUAUCGCUGCAAAUCGCGCUCGGGACGAAAUCCUUUCAGCGGCGGCUAAUCAGAUGAACACCAAUUCUUUUAUCAACACAAAUCGUGAAAUGGGCGAAACCGUUUCGAAAGGUUCACACAAUCCGUCCAUGUUCCCUGGAGGGCAAACGGAGCCCGAGCUUUCUGCCGCGCUACAGAAAAUAUUGCACCAGGAUCCCCAAAAUCGCUUCGACGCCAAUCGGAAGCGUUUUUUUAAACGUCGAUCCGUUACCUGGAACAGUUCGGUUAACUGAACAGUUUCCCCUUUUUCCAUCAAAAAAUGCUGGCAUUUCUUAUCGUUUUGAUUAAUUUCUUUUGGUUCAGUUUCUAGAAGCAAUUUUUGCAGUUACCAUCUACUGGAUAGCUAGUACAUAUUCCACUUGUUUUUUUACAUACACAAAAGUUAGCCUUAUAUAUCUUCAUUAUUUCUCCAAGUUUUUUAUGUGCGUGUUCAAUGUUUUAACAUGAUUCAAAUCAACGGUGUGUUUUGUGAAGCUUCGGUGCCGUUUAUCCCAUCAUUGCAAUCGAGAUUGACCAAAAACGGCGUUUAGCAUUGAUCCAUAUCUAUCGGCUUUAUAUUAGCAUAAAAUUUCAUUAUUUUUCCACACUUUAUUAGGACUAAGACGUUUGUUUGUUAAUUACAAGAACACAGUUCACCCCAUUAGCUUGCUUAAAAAAACGCACAUUUCCCACAUCUUUCCCCACCAGCCAACGCAUGUCAGAUCGUUUCCAUCGCCGGUUUGCUCAGAGGGUGGUUAGGAUUUAGUUGCUUUUUUACCUCAAUAUGAAUUGAAUUAUAGUGGAUUUAUAUUUUUGAUAAACUACAAAUCAUUUAAUAAACAUUGAAUUGUCAAAA